AUGGGGUUGCAUCAGAAUUUAAUGAAACAUUCUUCUACAAAUGCUGAUGUGCUUGCUGCUACGCUCGUAGCGACUUCGAGGGGUACCAAGGAGGGGGAGCAGGCUGAGGAUCAUGCGGUGACCAUGCAGGUGGAGGAACGGGAGAGGGAGGAUUUGGGUGCGGCGUCUGCUAAUACCUUUGCAGUGUUGCAAACUAUAGCUGACAUGGAGGUGCAGGAUUUUGAUCGCACUCCUGCCAGGUCUGCGAGUCAUUUUCGGGCAGCCAAGCUGGGUCAUAGAAGGCAAUGCUCGGACGGGGAUAAGCCAGGAGAAAUAGCACCGAGGGAGCAGCUUAAGCAGUUUCAAAUGGAGUUGCAUCGUCGGCUGCUUGAUACUAUGAGACCAAGUGAGGGCCUGAAUGCGCUGGAGGGGCUGAAUGCGCUGGAGCAGCCUCAGGUCGCGGUCGCUGGUCAGAUUGAAAUUUUGCUCAAAGGUGGCCGCCCGACGAAUGCUCCUCUUAAUCAGGUGGUACGUCGGUAUCUUGGGUUUGAUAAGGCUGUGGGAGCUUUGCAUAACAAGGUGUGGGUGUUUUGGUAUAAUGAGAUGUCAUUGAACUUCAGGGAGAUGGCAGAGCAACUUCUUCACAUGCACAUCAUAUUCUCAUCUGGGUGUUCAAUUCAAUUUUCGGCAGUUUAUGCUAGAUGCUCGAGGGUGGGGCGUCGAGAGUUGUGGUCGGCAAUGGAAGGGUUGGCGGGGGAUGUUCUCGGGCCAUGGUUACUGGCAGGGGAUUUUAAUGUUAUCUCCAAUACGGAAGAGCGUGUGGGCGGUUCUCCGGCUAAUGCAAGGAACAUGGAGGAAUUUAAUGAAGCUAUUGGCAAUUGUGGCUUGUCGGAGGUGCCGUUUGAUGGGGGUUUGUUUACUUGGACGAAUGGGAGAGUAUGGCAGCGUUUGGAUAGGGCUUUCUUGAAUCAGGACUGGGCUGAUGGGUAUGAGUUCUCGCAUGUCUCCCACUUGUCCAGGGGGCGGUCAGAUCAUGCUCCACUCUUGAUUAACUGUCAGAAUGGGAGCCUCUGCAAACGGUCGUUUAGAUUUCUGAAUGUUUGGAGGAAGCAUUCGGGUUUUUUGGAUGUGACUCAGCAGGGCUGGGCGACGCCGGUGGAGGGUGAGGGUAUGCCGAAAUUUUAUAAUAAGCUGAGAGCUGUUAAGGGUUGCCUGCAGGUAUGGAAUGUCCAGGUAUUUGGAAAUAUUUUUAGCAAGGUACGGGAGGCCGAGGCUAUUAUGAAGCAACGUGAGGGGCAGUUUGACGCGGAGAGGGACUCUGUGUCCAGGGCAGCGUUGGAGGAGGCAAAGGCUGUGUAUGCGAGGAGUUUGGCGUUGGAGGGUGAGUUUUGGAGGCAGAAGGCGGGCAUCAAAUGGUUGCAGGUUGGGGAUGCUAACUCAGCAUAUUUCCACUCUCGAUGCAGGCAACGCCGCAAUUUUAAUUUUGUCGCCCGAAUUAAAGAUCAAUCAGGUGCAUGGUUGGAGGAUUUACAAGACAUAAGGCAGUCCGCAGUGGAUUUCUGUUCAUCUUUAUUUGCUUCUGAACAACAUGGGGGCCAUUCGCCGGUGCUCCCCUUCUCGGUUCCUCAGUUGACUCCGGCGGACAAUGCAAUGUUAGCUGCUAUACCGGACAUGGAGGAAUUAAAGGGGGUGGUUUUCGCGUUGGACGCAGACAGUGCACCAGGACCAGAUGGGUUUGGGGCAGGUUUUUACCAAUGCUGUUGGGAUAUUAUCCAGUCUGAUUUAUUGGUGGCGGUUCAGGCUUUUUUCCAGGGUAUGCGUUUGCCUAGGAGUUUUACUAGCACAUCUAUUUUGUUAUUGCCUAAGGUCGCAGGCGCCAUGCAGUGGAAGGACUUUAGGCCAAUUAGUCUUUGCAAUGUCAGUUCUAAAAUUAUUUCUAAACUCGUCUCUGCUCGAUUGGGUAGGGUUCUCCCUGCCUUGGUAUCACCGUGGCAGACCGGUUUUGUUCCAGGCAGGGGGAUAACGGAUAACAUUCUUCUGACGCAGGAGCUGGUGGUAGAUUUAGAUAGGCGCCUGAGGCACCCGAAUCUCAUGCUAAAGUUGGACAUGGAGAAGGCCUAUGACAGGGUCGAGUGGCCAUUUCUUUUGUUUAUGCUUCGUAAAUUUGGUUUUGCGGAGCAGGUGGUCGAUAUUUUCUUUCGUCUGGUGUCUAAUAAUUGGUUUUCAGUGUUGGUGAAUGGUGAGGCUGCUGGAUUUUUUAAAUCUUCAAGGGGUGUGAGGCAGGGUGACCCGGUUUCCCCUGGCCUUUUUGUGUUAGUGGCAGAAUUUUUAGGCCGAGGGUUACAUCAUCUGCUGGAUCGUCAGUCUGGUAGGCAUUUUGUUACGGCAGGGCCUUCGGUGCCGUACCUUGCUUUCGCGGAUGACAUGCUUUUGUUCACAAGAUGCUCAGAGGAGUGCCUGGUUGCAAUAAAGGGUUUUUUGUCGGAGUACGAGCAGAUUUCAGGCCAAAGGGUGAAUGUCAGCAAGAGCUCAUUUUUAUUGCCUUCAGGGGCUACGUCGGAACAGGAGCAGUUGGUGACUCGGGUUCUAGGCUUUCACAGGCAAUGUUUCCCAUUCACUUAUUUGGGUGCUCCUAUAUAUAAAGGCCGGAGGCGGGGUGUCUUGUUUGAUGAGAUAGUUUCUAAAAUGCGGGCCCGUCUGGAGCAUUGGAGUACAAAGCUGCUCUCCUUUGGGGGUAAGCUGGUCUUAGUACGGCAUGUCCUGGCUUCAUUGCCUAUGUAUUUACUUCAGGUGUUGAAUCCUCCGAAGGCGGUACUCACACGGUUGGGUACAAUUUGUAAUUCCUUUCUUUGGGAUAAUAAGGGGGAAAGGCGCAUUCAUUGGUCUUCCUGGGACAAGCUGUGUUUUCCCAUAGAUGAAGGGGGUCUGGGUUUUCGGUCCUUUAAGGACAUGGCAUGGGCUUUUGCGGCUAAAUUAUGGUGGCGCUUUAGGCUUGGAGAGUCCAUUUGGGCAAAGUUCAUGCAUGCCAAAUACAUUAAAGGAGUCCAUCCUUUGGAGGCAUCGGUAGAGCGGGCUUCAGAUACGUGGAGGCGUCUUGUGGCCAUUCGUCCAAUGGCUGAGCAGAACGUUAGGUGGUGUUUAGGGGAAGGACUUGUGGAUUUUUGGAAGGAUAGAUGGGUUUUUAAUGAGCCUUUAGAGAGUGUGGUGGAUCGCUCUGACAGGCCUCAUUUUAUGGUCUCCGAGUUUAUUGCUAGGGAUGGCUGGGAUGAGCUGCGUCUCGCCCGGUGGGUUCCAGGUUUUGUCGUUCAGGCGAUCAAAGAGGUACCUCAUGAUUUAGCACGGAAGGAUAUGAUGGUGUGGGUGCCCUCGCCAACGGGGGGCUUCACGGUUAAGUCGGCAUGGGAGGUGCUUCGUCAGAGGAGGCAUCGAUCUCUUGUCGAUUCCCUUCUUUGGCCUUCUGUUUUGCCGGUAAAAAUGUCUUUUUUGGCUUGGAGACUGGUGCGUAAUUUCCUCCCUCUGGAUGUGACAUUGCGUUUUCGGGGUUUGGCUUUGCCCUCUCGGUGCGGUUGUUGCUACCUAGAGGAGGAGGCUCUUUUGCAUGUUUUCUUAACUGGACCGGUUGCUUCGGAAGUGUGGAGGAGAGUGUCUGGCCGGUUUGGGUUUCAGCUGCAUAAUUGCUCUAGUAUGGCGUCUGUUUUUAUCUCUUGGCACUUUACGGCAGCUUCCUCUGCGAAGGAUCACAUUCGGGCUAUCAUGCCUAUCGUAGUGUGCUGGUUCCUUUGGCUUGCCAGAAACCAGGAGCGUUAUCAGGGUAUGCGAUGGGAGGUUGGCAGGAUAUUCCGCGAGGUGGAUUAUUUUUUGGAUCAGCUAGGCAGGGCAGGUAAGUUUCGUCGGGCGCACUUUGUAGGGGAUGCGGAUUGUGAGUUACUCAGUUUCAUUAAAGUUCCUCCGCGGAGGGGGGUCCCGUGUGCGGUUGCCUGGGAGAAACCGCCACUGAGUUUGCUUAAACUCAACUCGGACGCUAGUGUGAAUCAUGGUAGGGCCUCGGGUGGUGGUCUGUUGCGUGAUAGUCACGGGAAAUUGAUUUUUGCUUUUUACAAAGAAUUUGGAGAUCAUGAGGUGUUGGAGGCAGAAAGUCUGGCUUUGUUGUUUGGUUUGCAGUUGUGUGUUCAAAGGGGGUGUUGUCCUGCAUUGGUAGAGGUGGAUUCAAAAUCAUUGGUGCAAUUGAUUGGCUCUGGGGUAAUUGCUAAGUGGCCAUUAUGUAAUAUUUUGAGGAAGAUUAGACAUCUUUUGGAUGGUUUUUCGGCCUCUAUCUCACAUAUUUUCCGGGAGGCAAACUCUUCUGCGGAUAGACUAGCAGCUAUUGGGGCUGGAGGCACCCGGGUGUAUGAUCGGGUUCAUCAACUGCCGGCGCUAGUUCGGGCUUCCAUUAGUCUUGAUGCACGUGGUGUGCCGGGUGUUCGUUGGUUAAGUGAAGAGAGUUAG